AUGUCAGAACAACCAAAAGAAUCUCCAUUACGUACUGUGGGGUUUGAUGCGAGAUUCCCAAACCAAAAUCAAACUUUGCACUGCUGGCAAUCGUAUGUUGAUUACCACAAAUGUGUUAACAUGAAAGGUGAAGAUUUUGAACCAUGCAAAGUUUUCUGGAGAACAUACAGUUCAUUAUGCCCAGUCGAUUGGAUUGAAAAAUGGGAUGAACAAAGAGAAAAGGGUAAUUUUGCUGGUGAUAUAUCAGCUAAUAACUAA